AGCUUGCCAGUAUCAGCUCUCCUUCCUUCCCCCGAUACUUGGCUAAUUCCUUAAGCCUUGCCACGCUUGUCACAACACCUUCCCUUUAUCUAAGUAUUAACUAAUCGCUCGCUUUCCGCGCCACUCGCCACGGACCGCAGCGAUCACCACAGCGGCCUUGAGUCCCUGCCGCGGCGCCGACACCUCCCGCUUAACAGCCCAUUCGGCAAUUAGCGGGUUGAGGCCCAGGGCUGGCCAGCUUUCGGGCUUUCGUCACGACUCUCGCGGUUCUCCUGAAGGCGGGGACGGAGAUUGUUGCCUAUAUAGCCGCGUGAGGCGUGGCGUCCGGCAGUACCAGCCAGUACCCCGAAGCAGCAGCAUGUUCAGCAGACUCCUGGUGUCGUUGGUGGUGGUGGCCGUCGCCCUGGCCGACCGGCAGGCCAGCGUCGGCUUGCGGAGCCAGAGGUCGACAGCCUACGGCACCCGCCAUCCCCCCGCCUACCAUGCCCCCCACCAUCCCCGCCACCCCCACCCCCAACCCUCCUACGGCGAGCACCCCGAGCCCGCCUGCGCCGCCAACACCACCAAGCCGUGGUGCCUCGAGGACGCCGAGUACCCGCUCUACGAGAUCAAGCACGCCGCCGAGUACCACUACGAGAAGCUGCUGUCCCUGUACGCCGACGUGGCGGACCUCAACACGGAGCUGUCGGUGGAGCGGCCCAAGACCCUGGACGAGGAGACGUACCUAUGCCCCUCCGCCACCGCCUACGUCAGGCCGCUGCGCGCCGUCAACAAGGAGGGCAAGUGGCGCGUGGUCGUCAACAACGUGGACGUCCACUACGAGACCCUGACGCAGACCGCGCGCGUCGAGGAGUGCCUCACCGCCGGCGACGCCUGCCCGCUGGUGCCCGAGUGCUACGAGUCCUCCUGCCUCCAGAAGUCCAUCUACCACCGCUUCCUCGUCUACGACGCCUACGACCAGUACUUCCCCUUCGCCGUGGAGAUCUUCAAGCUGCCCGCCAGCUGCGCCUGCCUGCUCGGCGCCUAUACCAUUGACCACUAAUCCCAUGGCAUGACGACCUAACCUCCCCCCUCACUAUCUAAUCACCAGGAAUAAUCGUAUUUAUCAUGUAUUAAGAAGCAGAUUUAUGUAAACUUUCCCUCAAAGACAAGAACUCUCGCCCUCAGCUUCCCUCAACAGCCUCUCCUUCGUGGCGGUCGCGGUACGUAAAGAAAGCAGUUCUCAGCCUCUCGGAGCGAGGAGACAACGAUAAAACAACAACAAUCGCCACCAGGACCUUCAACAUACAUUUUCUUGCUGUUGUUCACGGUUUACUUUCAUGACCAUGAGGGACAAUAAUAUACUCUGCCUCCAAA